GACCUUUGUUUUCUCUUCUAACGGUCCUCUUCUGUUUCGAUUUCCUUGCUUUAUUUUUUCUCAUAGUGCACGUGGUGAACCAAAGAUGCAGGCAGGCAUAAUUUAUACUUUUAAUCAUCUCUGCAACUUCAACAUCCGCGCCAUUAUGGCGCUUGAUUUGAUUUAGGCCUCCUCUUCAUGGUGGGCUUACAGUUAGAACAUGACUUCCUCCAUGGUCAGUGACUGAACAUCAGGUGGUCCUGCUCUGUUAGAAGUACAGGUGUACAUGUCAGUUAGAACCCUGACAUGGCCAUACCCACAGUUCCUAACUUCCAACCUUGGGGAGCACUGCCAAUAUCACAGGUGCACUGUCAGGUGUAUGGCACCAAGCGUAAGGCUACUUUCACCGAGUGUGGGACCACUAGUGAACAGAUCACAACUGUAAAAAAACACUGUCUGCACCCAUCCACCCAUUUGCUGCACCCAGUAGGCCAUUCCCAGCCAUCACCAUGGCAACGGGAUGAGGCAUCGGCAGCUUCCAGCCAACCAGACUGCCUUUCAGCAAACUCCUCCCAGGAACUUUUUCAGACAGCAUUUCCACAGCCUGCUGCAGUACAACCUGAAGGGGCAGAUAUUGUGCAAUCGCCAAAUGCAUUGCCACCAACUCAGAAUUUUCACAAUUCUGAUAUGCAUUCCCAAACUCCGUGUGACAUGGACACUGCCAUGACAACCAGCGGUAUGAGUGCUAACAGCCAAUCAGAAACAAGCUACACAGAUACCUGGAAACAGCAGACGAGUAGCCAAUGUUUGUGUGAGCAACCCAACCAAAACAGGUUAAACAUGCUGGAGCAGGAAGUGGAAUUUGAAAGCAACGAUUAUUGGGAUGUCCCCUACGACCACCACCUUCUAAAAAUGGCCAAUGAGAUAGAGCAAGCACGUAUUGCCAUGGAAACAGAAGAAGCUCCAUGCUGCCACCAGCCUGGUCUACCGACAACGGAGCCCACAUUGAUACCAGCCUCAGUUCCGUUGGAGAUUCACAGUACAGGGAGCCACGUCAGGUGCUACUGUAAGCCUUGUUGGGAGGGACUUCUGGAGCCAGUCAGCUAUAUAUGAUGUUUUUUUUAAUGUAGGUUUAGUCAUUAUGAGUAUGUAGUGUGAGAUCCCACGUGAGUGGUUAUUGGAGAGGAACGGAUGUGACUAUCAUCUGAUUGCCAAAAUGGGCAUCUGCCCCAAUUAACAUUCCAAGCCAGAAAUACAGGGAGAAAUAAGUACCAGUCAAGUCUGCUUUGUUAAAGUCUGAUACAAAUGUAGUAGAACUGCAGUUUGCCCAAGAACCCAUUCAGAUUUGGACAUUAUUAGAAAAAGAUAAAAUCUGGCCAGAAAAUUCCAAGUCUGUGUAUAUUCCAAUGAAAAUCAAAGAGACAAAAAUCCUCUUAGAUAUUCCCUUUAUCAGAGCAAUGAAAGAAGCGCCCUGUUGGCAUUGAAGUCAGUAAAGGCAGUGUCCCAUUUUUCCUGGCUAUGGGUUGAGAUUACACACGACUAUGGAUAAUGGCUGCCACCACUCCUAGACUCCUGUGUACUUUUAAAUCACAGCCAAGUAAUUCAGGCACUGCUUUUUAUUCCAUGGAGGACACAGUGGAAGAAACAUGAACAGAGUGAGCGUUUAAACAUUAUCCUGGCUGUUUUACUGAGAUGACAUCGCCACUGUGUUUAGUCUGAACAUCAUCGUUAGAUUUACCAUAACUUUUAACCCAAAUUAAAAUUUUUUAAUUAACAGUGAUGUUGCCGUCAUUUUUUCCAUCCUCCGUGCAUUUGAUUGUUUUUGCCAGGAGCCGUUUAAAUCCUCCAUAAUCCUGGCACAUACUUUCUGUCUUAACUUUCCACUUACAUCAAGCCCUGCUGUAUGUAACAUUGACGCUGGGCUCUAGCUUCCUGCAACACACAAAGAAUCCUUGAAAACAUCCCAGUGGCUUUUGAAGGAGCUGACAGUGGGGGAGUGUAUAUCCAAAAAUAUACAGCUCCCCUAAACACAACUAUUUCAUGAAUCAUGGGUCUUUCCGGGAAGAACUGCAUGUUUGAAUUAUCUGAAAUAAGUAUUAAGCUAAAUAUACUUGAAGCAUCUUGAAUAGAGCCUGAAAGUAAAAGGUCACACAGCGAGCUCCCGGAACCCUUGCGUGAUCUGCCUAUGGGGAUUUUACAUGGGGCUGUCCUAUCAUGUGCGAUAACUUUGGGAAUAAUGAUUCCCAAGUCAAACAAACCCAUGAAACACUCAUGUUGGAAUUUUACCCUUGUUUUUCUCAAGUAAUAUUGAGGAAAAGUCACCUGGAUAUGGGUAAAAAACGAAUUUCCUUAACGACCUUUCACUUCUGGUGAUAUCGUACUUAAGUCUACUUGUUCAUGUGCAUUUGUUUUCGCUGCCCGUGCUUACGUGAAAACAAGAUUGUAAAACGUUGCAAAGAUUUACAUACC